GCAAUACAUAAGGCCUGUGGUCCAUUGCAUUAGGCAGUAGUAUAGUAAAAUACAGUUUGCAAGCUACAGAUUUAAUAUGUCUUGGUCAAUAGCAAGGAAGAAGCUGCAAGAGAGUCCGUUGCUGGGUUACCGGGAGCGUGGUGACAGCUUACCAGGCAAGGCUGGAGGGGGCAGUUUAGAAGGUGCUGAUGCAGAGCUCUGUAUUUCACUGCUCGAGAGAGGUCUCAACUUCACUGGUCUCAAGCAUCGCAUCCGCACUGCCAACCAAGAAUGGGUCGAGCAGUUUCUGGUAGCAGGAGGUAUGUCUGGCAUCUUCACUGCACUGGAGAGUCUCGGGCAGAAGGGUUUCUCUAGUCUAACUGAUGCAUUGAGGCAACUGGAGUGUGUUGGAUGUGUGAAAGCUAUCAUGAACAAUCGGUUUGGGUUGGAGUUUAUCAUUGCAUCUCCAGGAGAAGGAUUUGUCAACAAACUUGCUCAAGAGCUGGACACUAAUAAUGGUCUAGUUAAGACCCAAGUGUUGGAGCUGCUGAGUGCUCUGUGUUUGUACUCUGCACCCGGCUAUCAGCUGGCAAUGGACGCUCUCGAUGAUUACAAGCGUAUCAAAGGUCAUGGCUAUCGCUUCAGUCUCUUGGUACAAGAGCUUCGUUGUAGUGAGACUGAAGAGUAUUGUGCGUGUGUGCUUGCCUUCAUUAAUUGCAUCCUGAGUGGAGCUAAGGACCUCACAAGCAGAGUCAAGCUAAGAAACGAACUUAUAGCAUUGCAGCUCUUGGAGGUCCUAUCACCAUGGCGACAUACAGAGGACGAGGGAUUGGGUACACAGUUAGAAGUGUUUCAUGAGUCACGUUCUGAUGAUGAUGAUCAGAUGACCAUGCCUGGAAGUGUGGACAUCAGCUCACACGAGGAUCUCUUUAAUGCUCUCUAUGCCAAGGUAUGCAAUACUCCCAGUGCUUUGCCCUUCUUGCACAUUCUGCAAAGCCUCAUGUUAUUGGACAGAGACACACAACAUGCUACUCUAGUCUGGGAAGCUAUGGAAUCCUUCACACAACGUGUUGUCCUAAUGGAGACUCCAGACAUAUCAGCUGAAAAAGCACAAGAAGUGAGCAUUGCUAGUUUAAGAAAGGCACUACAAGCAGAGAGCGACAGAGACACCACCACUGACACUACUACUACCAGUGGAGGAGCACCACCCCCUCCACCCCCUCCACCAGGACUAGGAGGAGCACCACCCCCUCCACCACCUCCUCCACCAGGACUAGGAGGAGCACUGCCCCCUCCACCCCCUCCACCAGGACUAGGAGGAGCACCGCCCCCUCCACCACCUCCUCCACCAGGACUAGGAGGAGCACCGCCCCCUCCACCACCUCCACCAGGACUAGGAGGAGCUCCGCCCCCUCCACCCCCACCACCAGGACUAGGAGGAGCACCGCCCCCUCCACCACCUCCACCAGGACUAGGAGGAGCACCACCCCCUCCUCCCCCACCACCAGGACUAGGAGGAGCACUGCCCCCUCCACCAGGGGCACCUCCCUUUAGUGUGGCUAGUCUGGCUACUACACUUUUUGAGCAGGCAAGACAUCAUAAACCAAAGAAAGUUAUGCGUAAACUAAACUGGGUGAAGGUUGCCAAGACGACAGCAUCUGGUCCAACAACUCUGUGGCAUCAGACAGUGUCAGGGACGACGGGGUUAAAGGUCAACAUUGACCCGGAGGGUGUUGAGAGUUUGUUUGCUCAAGCCGUUAUUAAAAAGAAGACCAAAACUGAGGAGGCAGGAGAAAAAGAGAAGAAGAAAUCAGCAGUUGUGUCCCUAUUGGACCAAAAGGCCAGUCUCAAUGUCAACAUCUUCCUCAAGCAAUUCAAGAGUGAUAAUGUGUCCAUUGUGAACAUGAUUGCUGAUGGUGACUUGAACAGGAUAAGCCUGGAUCAACUCAAAGCUCUGGAGAAAAUGCUACCAGACACUGGGCAGGUGGAGACAAUCAAAGGCUAUUCUGGUGACCCAGCAUUAUUAGGGCUGGCAGAAGACUUCUUCAGGAAACUCCUCAAAGUCAAAAUGUACCCUUUGAGAAUAGAAGCCAUGCAGUUGCGUUUAGAAUUUCGUGAAAAGCUGGAGGAUUUGCGACCUGCAAUUGCAACACUAGACAAGGCCAUCUCAGAGCUGCUCUCUUGCUCCACUCUCUCUGACCUCUUCUAUAUUGUACUAGUGACUGGGAACAUCAUUAAUGGAGGUGGUAGAGCUGGGGAUGCUUAUGGCUUUACUGUGUCAUCUCUUUCAAGACUUAAAGACACCAAAUCCAACACACCCAGGCUCUCUCUGCUGCACUACAUUGCUCAGCUGUGCGAAGACCAAGCUCCAGAGCUGCUCACAUUACAAGAGCAACUACCCAACCUGGAGAAGGCCAGCAGGGUAUCUCCUGAUUAUUUGACUGGACAAGUGAAUGAGAUUAAAACAAAGGUCAAGAAAAUCAAAGACAAAACUAAGAAAGCUCCAGACGACCUUAAAGCUCAGCUCAAAGCAUUCCUAGCCGAAUCUGAAGCCAUACUCUCGGAGCUACAGGGCAGUCUGGAUAGUGUGAGUGGGCGUAUGAAAGAGACUGCUGCUUAUUUCUGUCAAGACUCAAAAUUCAAACUUGAGGAAAUGCUCAAAGAAUUACUAGGGUUUACACGAGAGGUGGCAAAUGCUCUCAAGGAAAACCAUCAGCGUGUCAUACUGGAGGAAAAAAGACGAAAGAGAGAAGAGCAAAAGAAAGCAGCCCACGAGGCCCGACAAAGGAAGCUAGGGGUCGAAGGCCGUGACCCCAGCCCACCCCCUGAUGAACCCGAGUGUAUCAUAGAUAACCUGCUCAAGGAGAUACGCGCUGGAACUAGUCUGAAGCAGACCAAUCGAGUGACAGUACGUAAGAGGAAGACCUCUUCCCAUCUCAAGCAAGAGGACCUGGCUAAACUGACAGUGAUAGUAGGACAAGCUGCCACACACCCACGCUCAUUAACAUCCACAGAGGCUACAAAGAUUGAAAUAAAUGUUGAAGCACCUGUCCCCACAGGAGAUGAUGAUGUUUUCGUUGCUCCAUCCAAUCAGAAUGCCCCUCAACUCCAGGCGUCCAAUCAAAAUGAAAAACACUUAAGCAAAGAUACUGUUGCAUCAGAGUCGUCCAAUCAAAAUGGAGAGUCUGUGGCGUCCAAUCAGAAUGGAGAGUCUGUGGCAUCCAAUCAGAAUGGAGGGGCUGUGGCGUCCAAUCAGAAUGGAGGGGCUGUGGCGUCCAAUCAGAAUGGAGAGUCUGUGGCGUCCAAUCAGAAUGUAGAGACUGUGGCGUCCAAUCAGAAUGUAGAGACUGUGGCGUCCAAUCAGAAUGGAGAGUCUGUGGCGUCCAAUCAGAAUGUAGAGACUAUGGCGUCCAAUCUGAAUGUAGAGACUGUGGCGUCUAAUCAGAAUGGAGAGUCUGUGGCGUCCAACCAGAAUGGAGAGUCUGUGGCGUCCAAUCAGAAUGGAGGGGCUGUGGCGUCCAAUCAGAAUGGAGGGACUGUGGUCAAUGGCGACUCUAAAGACCAGGUUGUUGAGAGAGUGACUGGGAAGCUGCUCAAGCGUGAUAUGUGUGCUGGACUGGCUGCACUCACUGCCGUAGCCCUCUCUCUAGUACCAGAGGGUUGUCAUGCUGUCAGUAUCCAUAGCAACCACCCCACCAAGAACGACCAGGACAGUACAACUCUCUAACACUGUAACACAGUAGAACAUGAAAGCUAACAUAGCUUUAUUGAUAUUUAAUUUGUUCUUUCAAAUUUUUAAUUCGUUUGAUGAUAAUUAUUGACCUCGA